GGCCCGCUUGCUCAACCUACCCAAGAUGAGUUGGAAAGAACAAGUAACGUAUCACUUGAUACUCUACUACAAACCACUCCUCAUUGCUUUGCUGGUGUGUUUCUUUCUUCGAAACAAACUUCAGCGGCAUAUCUACUCUAUCCCUGGUCCCCGGUUGGCAGGCUUCAGCAAUCUGUGGCGCUUCUGGGACGCUUUGUCUCAUGUCCAGCAUGACACGCACAUCAACCUACAUCGCCGGUAUAAUUCAUCCUUGAUCAGAGUGGGACCGCGUGUCGUCUCGUUUUCGGACCCUGAGUGGAUUCCAAAGGUCUAUGGGUUGACCUCAGGAUUUACCAAGACGCAUUUCUACGAUAUGUUUGUGCUCCCAUACAAAGGAAUAUUCACUAGAAGCUUGUUCACUACCCUCGACGAAAAUUACCACUCGAAAUAUAAACGUCCGAUCGCGAAUGCAUACAGCAUGUCGACCUUGGUCGAGUUUGAACCAUUUGUCGAUACAACUAUUCAGUUGUUCAUGCAGCGGCUAGAUGAAUUUGUAACUUCAGGAGCCCCGUUGAACUUUGGAGUGUGGCUUCAAAUGUUCGCGUUUGAUGUCAUUGGCGAGAUCGUAUUCGGGAAAAAGCUCGGGUUUCUUGAGCAGGGAGUAGAUGUUGAGGGAAUCAUGGCUGACAUUCGUUUUAAGAUCCAAUAUGCCUCGGUUAUAGGACAGAUGCCAUGGCUGGACAUGUUUAUUGCCAAAAACCCUCUGAUGGUGUGGUUGGCAGGGACUCAUCCUAUCGUCAGAUUCACAGUUGAAAAUAUGAAGGAGAGAAUCGGAGGCAAAGGAUCUAAACAGCGCGAUUUCCUCGCUCGAUCAUUUGAAGCUCAAGAAAAAGCGCCAGAGCUUGUCACUGAUCGCAUCGUACGGAUGUGGAACAUUGACAAUGUCUUCGCGGGGAGUGAUACAACUGCAGUAUCGCUGCGCUCUAUAUUCUACCAUCUUAUGCGUACCCCACAUGCGAUGGCCAAGUUGGUGAAAGAGAUUGACGAGCUUGAGGAGAAAGGAGACCUCGGCGAAUAUGUGUCAUGGAAAAACUCCAAGUCAAUGCCAUAUCUUGACGCAGUGAUCAAGGAAGGCUUCCGAAUGCACCCAGCCGUCGGCCAACUACUGGAAAGACACGUUCCCAAGGGCGGAAUUACUCUUGGGGACACGUUCUUACCUGAGGGAACCAUUGUAGGAAUGAAUCCUUGGGUCGCAGCACGCAACCGUGAGGUGUACGGUCCUGACGCAGACAUCUUCCGACCAGAGAGAUGGCUAGAAGCUACACCAGAACAUGUUCAGCUCAUGGAUCGGACCUCUUUAACAUUUGGCCACGGAUCAAGGACUUGCGUCGGUAAGAAUAUUUCUCUGCUCGAAAUCCACAAACUCGUCCCACAGCUCUUGAGACGCUACAAGAUCGACUUUGCGAACCCCGAGCAGGACUGGAGAAUUCAUGGAGGUUGGUUCACUGAACAGGACAAUUUUCGGCUGCCUAGUCUCCUCAAUCCUGGAGAUAAUGUUGCCACCAUAACGGUUCUCUUCGAGAAGGAGCCAUCGGAUUUUAACAACUUCCUCGCGACGAUGACUGGCCAAUGGGUGAUGGACGAGAUGCUCAGCUUCUAUUAUGUAGAAGGGUCACGCUCGUGCUCACCUCAACCACACAAUUUUCGUGGACAGCCUCAAUUAAGUUCUUCUGAGUGGUGUUUAAGUGACAAUGAUCACGCACUCGACAAUUCUUCCUCCAUAUCAACACACAACCUCAGCGAGCUCGACGCGCAGUCAUAUCCUUGCUAUCUGGCCGAAAUUGGUGACAUAGACUACCACGGUCUUCAAUAUCAAGGGUCAGAGGAAUUUGGUGCAACAAAUGCCUUUAGCUGGGAUGAUGACUAUUACGCCAGUCAGCCACGGAAUGGCAGCAGCCCGAGCAAAUCCGACUCGCUUCAAGGAUCGAACGGGAUCUGCUGGUCACUGGACGACUCCUACGUGUCACCCAUCGACCAAACAUUCACGCAACCACUUUCGCUCUGGGAAAGUUCCAUGGGCUUCAACAUGCGAUUACCCAUUUCGAGCCUCGAUAGGUACCUCGUUGCCCUCCGCCAGGUCAUCCGGCGCUGUGCAGAAGCCGCCACGCUCAGCGGCCCACUGUGCAGAAGGCUCUCGGCAGAAGGGGUUCUUUGGGUGGUGCGAGAAUCCUGGCCCACCGCGGAAGGAUUCUGGAAUCUGACGACAUGUAUGCAAGGGUUCCUCUACGCCGAGCUAUGGCGGAAUUUCCCUUGUCGAGAUUCAUAUCAGAGGCUACCCGCUGCGUAUCGCCCGACCCAAAUGCAGCUCCUGGUCCCCCACUCCCCUAUCAUUGACUGGCUACCGUGGCCCGACCUUCGCGACAUGAUCAUCAUGUACCAAGACCAGAUUGACAUCGAUGCUCUGUGCCGAUACGCGAUUCUGACAAUGGUCGCUCACCGGAUUAAUAGCAAUAAAAGGACCACCAGGACCCGGGAGCAGGGCGUUGUUGCAGAGUCCAGGAGAACAACGGCCAUUAACAGCAGCACCACCCAUAAUACGCACCUCCUCCAAGAUACCACCACCACCAGCCAGGAGGAGAACGAUAACGGCGGCGAGACAACAACACGCGAAGCAGGGGUAGAAAUAGAUAACGGAACCACUUCAUUCCGUAUCUGGGACCUCACACGGCUGGAGACCUUGGACGAGACCACACAGAUGUUGGCAGCCGACAAAUCACUGAAAGUCACACCCCAUCCGCGGUCUGCGAGUAUGAAGGCUCUCCAGCGAGCAUACAAUCUAGUAUACGAUGACUUUUCGACGCAGAAACUCGAGGGUCGUUUCUUCGAGCGUUAUCCCUUUCUGUACUGCCAGAGGUUGAUUUCAGAGUUCAAGAUCCAAGACUUGACGACCAUCCCGUUCAAGGAUGUUGGCUCUCCCGUUGACAUGACCCGAGACACUGUCUUUCGGCUCAAGGAAAGUUUGGAACGGGUCAUUGGAGCGACUGUGGAUUUGUAG